GCCGCCGCCUCCUUCCAGCGGGGCCCAGGCCCAGCCGCCGCCACCGCUGCCGCCGCCGAGCUCCGCCGCCGCCGUCGCCGAGCACCAUGGGAGACGCCGGGAGCGAGCGCAGCAAAGCGCCCAGUCUGCCGCCUCGCUGUCCCUGCGGCUUCUGGGGGUCCAGCAAGACUAUGAACCUCUGUUCCAAAUGCUUUGCUGAUUUUCAAAAGAAACAACCAGACGAUGAUUCCACUCCAAGUACAAGUAACAGCCAAUCAGAUUUGUUUUCCGAAGAGACCACCAGUGACAACAACAAUACCUCGAUAACCACGCCAACUCUUAGUCCCAGCCAGCAGCCGCUUCCGACAGAACUGAAUGUAACUUCACCAAGUAAAGAGGAUUAUUCACAGUCUGAGAAUGAGGAUUCGCCAGUGAAACGGCCACGACUACUGGAGAAUACCGAACGAUCCGAGGAAACCAGCCGAUCUAAACAGAAGAGUCGACGUCGGUGCUUCCAGUGCCAAACCAAACUGGAGCUGGUGCAGCAGGAAUUGGGAUCGUGCCGCUGCGGUUACGUGUUCUGUAUGUUACAUCGCCUCCCCGAGCAGCAUGACUGUACGUUUGACCACAUGGGCCGCGGCCGAGAGGAAGCCAUCAUGAAAAUGGUGAAACUGGACCGGAAAGUGGGGCGCUCCUGCCAGCGCAUUGGGGAGGGGUGCUCCUGAAGCCCAGGCGCGGCCGCCACACGACGCUGUUCUUAGCUCACUAAUGUUAGCCUUAUUUAGGACAAAGUCAGCCAGACACCUUGUACGGGGCACGCGUCAGACUGCAGCCAGCCUGUUUCCUUUCUUUAGCCAGCCAUCCUGGUACUGUAGUUUAGGGGUUGAUGGUGGUUGAAAUUGAUUUCUGGCUGGUUACUAAGGUGCCUGCUAGCCAUUGUAUAAAAUUAAAACAUGAAGAAUAUUUUUUUUUGAGCAUGGCUAGUGGAUUUAAAACAACACAUACCUGUCACUGCUGGAGUCAAACUUAUAAAAAGCCUUAAGCGGAAAGUGUUCCAGACGAGACUGAGUGAUUGGAAGAGCGGAAGCUGAUGUUAACUUCCCACGACGCACAUGGCUUUGCCAGAAACUCUGGUUAAUGUCCGGCCUUUCACCUCUUCGCUUAUCCUUACUCCCAGUAGCCAGGACACCUGAUGGCCACGCGUGCCUUGGCCACAGGAGGCUGCUGAGACGCCCCGUGGCUGGGCUGGGUGGUGGCCUCGCUCUCCCGCAGAGCUGGAAAUGGGGGUGGGGGGCAGGUUCUUAGGAAAGUCUUAUUCAAUUUUUUACCUGACUUGCUAUGAAAAAAACUCUCUCAUCACACGAGAAGAGAAACAAUAACCUCACUUUGAAAAUUAGCUCCACUCAAGACUAGUCCACAUACGAGAGCCACCUUUCUACGCAGGUCAUGAGAAGCGGCCGGGGGUGCCCCCUGACCCACUGGCUCUGGUUUGCUUUUGCCACGUACAGGGAUCUGGCAGUUGAUCAAAUAAGGCUAAUCGCAGCACAGCAGCUGCAGCUGGGGUCUGCAAACUGGCCUCUGCAGCUAGAUUUCUAUAUUGGAGUUUUUUAAAAGACGUUUCAUAGCCAGCAGGAAUCAGUGGUGGACGAGUUGGGGAGCGCCUGGGCAGCUGCUGCCGCAGAUGGGCCUCUUCCCGCAGGAGCCUGCUCGGCCCCCGAGGGGCAGAGGACGAUGGGCCCGACCCCAUGUCUGUGCAGCCCCGCUGUCCAAGGACAACCAGCCCACAUCUACCACUUGGCAAGCUUAGUAAGGGGGCAGCGUGUGUAACAGGACAGCGGGUUGGAUCUGUCCAGGACAGUGGUUCGUGGCCGUGGCCCAGCUCCGGGAUAUUUGCUCUGGCAGGUGGGUAGGAGGGCACGGUGUUCAGCUGUGCCUCUAGAUGCGGGCAAAGAGGAGCUCAGAGGCUGCAGUUGCUCAGGCCAGGUGGGGAGGGUGGCGAUGGGCCUGUGUGUCCAUGUUGGGGAUCAGUCCCAGUCAGGUGGGGUGGGUGGAUAGAUAGGAUCGAGAUUCCCUUGAAUGCGGGGCAGGGGUGAGUGUCCCGGGCCCUGUCUGACCCAGGUUGGUGGCAGUGGACGGCUCCUGCAGAGGCCGUUGGCAUCUGCCCGCCCACAGGCUAGGGCAGUAGUUGAGCCCGGCAACUUGUCCUUGUAUAUCACAAUAAGCACUUCAACCCUGUCUGCAAAUUGAUACCUAUAACUGCAAAUGUGAUUUGAUCCAAAACACUGAAAUAGGAAAUCAUGUUCUUCCCAACCUCCUCCUCCCACCCCACCCCACCCACAGAGUGGAAUCCGCUGCAAAAUCUCCAGCCUUAAUUCUUGCUUCAGGACCCAGACCAGUGUCUUGCUCUAGGGCAGCCCAGGGCAGAGGGGCCGGGCCUGCCCGCGUUUACCACUGUUGUCAAGCCACGGCCCUCCGGCCAGUCCAUGGCCAUCCUCAGUGAGGUGGCGCCCAGGCCCCCGCCACGCUCUAAUCCCCACAGGCCACCCGAGCCCUCCGGCCCUCCUCAGGCCCCACCGGCCUCGGGCAGCGAGAGGAAGCAGGCUCUCUGGGGAGCUGGCCGCACACAGGGCUCCAAGCCCAAGUUCACUUCCUGAUGGUAGAGCUCGGGGGAGGGGGGCUUGUUCCCCUGCAGUUAUCUGUUCUGUGAAGUUUGUUAAAUGUAAGGAAAGCUUAAAUUCUUGUAUCUUUAAAAGAGAAAAUCUUAUUUAACCCUUUUGUGUUCUAGAUUUACUUACACACAUAGCCUAGAGCUCAGUUUUAGUUUUAACAUUGUGAAAAUAUUAAAAGAAUCUUGUAACUUUAUUCUUUUUUCUCCUGCUGAAAAAAAAUUAAACCAAUCGU